CAACUUACUUCUGUACUAAGAUGUAGAAAGACCUUCUACCUUUCUACUUUCCUUUUCCUCCCUUUUACUCUUCUCCCAAACAACCCCUAUAUAUUACCCUUCCCUUGCUUGUCUUUAAUAGCCGCAGACUACACCUCUCUCUCUUCAAAGUAGUGUUAUUGUGUGCACACAUAACAAAACAUAUUGAGAAAAUGGAUCGGAAAAAUGCUAUUUGGAUCGGUUUUAUUUGCAUUAUAAUCGCCGGCGUUGGAGGUCAAGCUCCGGCCACGUCGCCUAGUGCCACUCCAGCACCACCAACACCCACUACCCCAUCUCCUCCUACUACCCCUGCACCUACUGGUUCUCCUCCGCCAACUCAACCGCCUCCGGCAUCUUCCCCACCGCCGGCCGUUUCAUCUCCGCCACCUACAUCAGCUUCACCACCUCCAGCUGUAUCAGCUCCGCCACAAGCUACACCUCCACCGGCAGCUACUCCUCCAGUGAGUCCUCCACCACCAGUUAGCGCUCCACCACCGGCUACUCCUCCACCUGUGGCUACCCCGCCACCUCCUGCUACGCCACCUCCCAGCCCUCCUCCGCCAGCUGCAGCACCUGCACCAGUUGCAACUCCACCAGCUUCAGCUCCGGCUGCUGCACCUACGUCUGUACCCACAUCUCCGGCACCAUCUCCAUUGGGAGUAUUGAGUCCUCCAGCACCUCCCAUGGGUGCUCCAUCCCCGAGUACUCCAGCUUUUUCUCCUGGUCCAUCAGUAGCCACUGAUCAGAGUGGAGUGGAGAUCAUGAGGUUUUCAAAGAUGAUAAUGGGAAGCUUGGUCUUCGGAUGGGGUGUCUUCUGCUUGCUGAUUUAGAACUACUUUUGCCACUAUAUAUAUAUGAAUUGCCAUCUCUUUAGCUUAGGAGGACGAUGGUGGCUUAUUUUUCUCAUUCACUUGGAUUCUUUUGGAGAUUUUUUGUAUUUUGGGACGGUUGUUUUUAAAUUUAAAGCUCUUCAUCCAUUCGUGUUUUUAUUCUUUA